GCUGUCACUGAGCCUCCUGCAGUUCCUGUCUCUGCCUUUGGGGGGCAGUGUAGUGCAGCACCUGCAGUUGGAUAUUUCUUGCAGUGCAGCUGCAGGAGUGGGUUUGGGAUCAGUACCCGGCCUGCAGCCAGAGCUCGCUGAGCUGUCAGCCCGCUGAUGUUCAGAGGGGAGAAAACAGGCGUCGUUUAAUCGUUAUCUGACCGUCGGUGUGUGACCGCAGGGUGGAGGCUGGUGGAGGCUCCGCAGGGCUGCAGGUGAAUUCAAGCAGCAGCAGUCAUGGCAGGCUCCUGGAGGUUCACACAGCAUCCACGCUUCUCUUUCAUAAUCUGUGUUUCUGCAGUUUUAAUACUCCUGCUCGUGAGCCAAGCAUUGAUCUGCAGACAGCAGGAGGACAGGCACAGGAGAGACCUUGCUGACUCCACGGAAAUCCCGGCAGAGCACAUCGACCCCGCUGCCAUCGACCUCACGCCGCUCGUCAAUACUUUAAUAAAUUCGAGCCACUCGGACUCCCGGCAGCUCUUCUCUCUGCUCAGCGUCACGUCCUACAGCUCCCUGGCUCUGCACAAACUCACCCUGUUGGUCUACAACAUUUCCAGCGUGAGAAGUAUAGAAAGCAGCGUGUUCAGGAGGCGAUUCUGCUACUGCGUCACAAACGAGACCAAUGACCUAACAGACUUUACAGCCAUACUGCUGGAUGUGAUGGGAAACUCUACAAGUUACCUGCACGAGCUCUUUAAAUCCUCCUCGAUACUCUCAGUGAGCCAGAGGAAUAACUCGGACUGUAUCUACAUCUGCGUGAUGGCCGGUAAGAUGGGCAGAGAGGUGCCUGAGCUGUGGGACGUCGGCUCCAUCACGCCGCUCUUCAACCAGACCAUCGUGGAAGGCCCGCACACAGCUAACAUCUCCUUCCGGCUCCCCGUCGAAUGGCACCAACUGCCCACGAAUCUGAGUCACAUCUCUCCAUCUGGGAUGAGCUCCAUGCUAACCAGCAGAGUCCAUUCAACCGCACAUGCUUCACCAGCAGCUGUGGAUGAAGCAGCUGCGUCUACAGCGAAGAUCACCACAGCUCAGCCGCUCACAGCAGCUCCGCAGCCUACGACCGUCAUGCCUCAGAGUUACGCUACAGCCGAAACACUGGAGACAACCCAGCAACCCAUGGCACCAAGCACGACAGCAAGAGCUGUAACAACACAAAGGGGGACCACACCCACUGUGGCAGCUUCUCAGAGUGGAACUACGGAGGAAAAAACAACUUUAGCAUCAAUUACAACCUUAAAACAGCGAACCACCACCACCGCCGCUCCGACUGCUGCAGCUCCGACCACAGCAGCACCACGAUUACCCACGGCACCGGGCAGAGCUUCAACCUUCUCACCAGCAGUUAGUCUGAUCCGGACGCCGGCGUCUACGAGCACAGCACCCCCGCACAUGACGUCCACAGUUCAUCCCACGAGACUUUCACCUGUGCGAGCCUCAGCAGGACCCACGGUGCCCAGGAGGACUACAGGGCCUCUAGUUAGAGGAACUACAACUCCCAGCAAGCCAACCGAGACAGAGAAACCAGGCUGUCCCUGGAGGAGGCCCGAGCUGAGCGCCGAGUCCGUCCCUGGCAUCACCACGACCGUCGGCGCCCACAAGCUGCAGCCCUGCGUCCUCGAGCUGUGCAAGUUCUUCUCCCAGUGCCUGUGCAGACCCUUCAGCCACAAGACGCGCAUGAAAAGGUACUGUGACGACAGCCACCUCUGGUAUGAAAAGCACACCUCUGAGGUGUGUCGGCGGGUCAGGAGGGUCUCCUUCUCCAGAAACCUGAAACAGAGGUGCCUGACAAAGAUGUGCAAUAAACUGUGACCGGAGAGGAACAAAGAGCCGCUCAUCAUCACAAACUACAGCAGAUUACAGAUUACGGAGGCCAGAUCUGAGUCAGAUUUCUGCAUCUGCACAGGUUUGGAAACUGUUUACACGCUCACACAGCGGUGCGGCUUCACAUUCAUCCCCCUUAUCUACUCUGUGAUUUCAUUUACUUUGGAUCUCCAAGAAGAUAAAAAAUAAUCUGAUUAUUACUGGACUCUGAAAUCUGCAACCCUCAGACUAAGUCUGGACUGUUUAUCCUCAGAUCAAAUGAAGACUGUGAGGCAGAGAAAACAGUCUGAAAUCUGAAGAAGAAGCUGUAGAAACCCAGAAACAGAUGUAGGG